AUGCCGCCGCCGCCGCCGCCGCCGCCGACUACAAGAAGCACAGGGAGGGCUGUGUUGACAAAAUGUGAGGACAAAGCUGCCCAGGAGCCCAGCAGCUCCUGCCCAUCUUCCUUCCCCUGGCCGGCUUUCUCCUACACAGAGAGCCUACACAGAACGCCUGACCCAUGGGGUAGGGAAGCUGAGCUCUCCUUGCUUCUUGCAGAGAUUGGUGUGGGCAUCACCGGCUUCGGCGUCUUCUUCAUCGUCUUGGGUAUACUCCUGUACUUCGACUCCGUACUCCUGGCUUUCGGCAAUCUGCUGUUCCUGACUGGCCUCUCCCUCAUCAUCGGCCUGAGGAGGACGUUUUCCUUCUUCUUUCAACGACACAAGCUCAAGGGGACCAGCUUCUUCCUGGGGGGUGUAGCCAUUGUGUUACUGCGCUGGCCCCUGCUGGGCAUGCUCCUGGAGGCCUACGGAUUUGUUAGCCUCUUCAAGGGCUUUUUCCCUGUGGCCUUUGGAUUCCUGGGCAGUGUUUCUAACAUCCCCUUCCUGAGCACCCUGUUGCAGAAACUUCAAGGCUCCAGCUCAAUGGUCUGAACCGUCGAGAUGCGCUCCUUG